AUGAAAACUCCCGUCGUGGGGACAUCCCCCGGAGAGAAUAGUAUGUUUGAAGGAUAUUUUGCUGGGGUUGAGGAAGGCCCCGAUAUUGACGCCUCAUUGAUCUUUGAAGAAGCCGAGAAGCUUCGACAACAGGCCUUGAAGCUCUCCAACCAAGCUUUUUCAAGGUCACAAGCUGAGUUGGCUCGUUGUGUGGACGAAUUUAGGAAGCUCGUUUCUGAAUUGGACGAACUUAAGGCCCUUCAUGCCCAAAAGGAGGGGGAGCUAGGUGACCUUCAAGCUCAUUUUGAGAGGAUAUCUCGAGAGCGGGCCGAUCUCGACAAGCAGCUCAAGCAAAAAGAUGAUCUAAUGCGAGAGGAGCUUAAAGUCAGAGAUACCGAAAUCCUUGGGUUGAAGCAGUGCAUGGAUGAGGUGUCCUCCGAUAAAGAAACUCUUCGAGAGAAGCUGACCUCGGUUGAGUGCCAACUCCAAGGGGCGAGGGGAGAAAGCCUCAAGUACAAAGAUCUCCAUGCCGAAUCAGUUGCUGAGCUAUCUGCAGCUAAGUCGAAGCCGCUGGGCUCAUAUCCUCAUACCGAAAAGAUGCUGCUGCUGCAAAUGCUUGAGCCAGGAAGAUCUCGGAGACAGGCUCUCGAGGAUGUAUAUGCAGGGGGCAUCGAUUUGUCUGCCGAAAUCGAGAGGGUGAAGGCCCUAGAGGAAGAAUCGGCAACUCUGCUUUCUUCUGAUGAUGAUUCAGCUAGUAAUUCAACCAGUGGCUCGGAGGAUGAUGAAGACGAAGGUGAAGUCCCCGAGGGAGAGGAGGCCGUCGAUGUUCUGGGGAUUGAGGGCCAGGCCGUUUAA